AAAAAAAAAGAAGAGAGAAAAAAAAAGCUCCAGCUGUCAGGCAGGGGAGGCGAUAACAAAACUGAUACUGGCAUCAUCGACCCCUCCGUCACCGACACCCCGCCUGGAUUUUGGACCUCUACAUACCCACCUAUUAUUGUGCCUUUCUCCCCAAAUUCCAGUUCUUCCUUCUACCAAAAAAAAAGUACCUUGCUCUUUCUGUUCAUAAGUUGACUAAUUUUAUUGCAUCUAAACCCACCAUCAUGUCGGCCGGGACCUCCUUCAAGCUGUCCAACGGGGUGACCAUUCCCGGUGUCGGGUUUGGUACCUUUGCCAACGAGGGAUCCAAGGGAGAGACUUACAAGGCUGUCACGCAUGCGCUACGGACCGGAUACAGACACCUGGACUGUGCCUGGUUCUAUCUCAACGAAGACGAGGUGGGCGAGGGGAUUCACGACUUCCUCAAGGAGAACCCGUCGGUCAAGCGGGAGGACAUCUUUGUCUGCACCAAGGUCUGGAACCAUCUGCACCGCUAUGAGGAUGUGCUCUGGUCUGUCGAGAACUCUCUGAAGAGACUCAAGCUGGACUACGUCGAUCUCUUCCUGGUUCACUGGCCCAUUGCUGCCGAGAAGGAGACGCAGGAGAAGCCCAAGAUUGGGUCUGACGGAAAGUACGUCAUUCUCAAAGAUUUGACAGAGAACCCCGAACCGACAUGGCGCGCCAUGGAGAAGAUCUAUGAGGAUGGCAAGGCUCGUGCCAUUGGAGUCUCCAACUGGACCAUCCACGGUCUGGAGCAGCUGCUGCAGUUCGCCAAGGUGCAGCCGCACGUCAACCAGAUCGAGAUUCACCCUUUCCUGCCCAACAACGAGCUGGUCCAGUACUGCUUCGCCCACAACAUCCUACCGGAGGCCUACUCGCCCCUCGGCUCGCAGAACCAGGUCCCCACCACCGGCGAGAGGGUCAGCGAGAACCCGACCCUGAACGCCAUCGCGCAAAAGGGCGGCAACACCCUGGCUCAGGUGCUCAUUGCCUGGGGUCUGCGCCGCGGCUACGUCGUCCUGCCCAAGAGCUCGAACCCGGCCCGCAUCGAGUCCAACUUCAAGAGCAUCACCCUCUCCGAUGCCGACUUUGAAGCCGUCAACGCCGUCGCCGAGGGCCGCCACUUCCGUUUCGUCAACAUGAAGGACACCUUUGGUCAUGACGUCUGGCCCGAGGAGGCGCGUGCUGCCAUUUCCGCUUAAUCUGUCGUUUCAUACGAACCAAUUCAAGCAGGGUUUAACCAGCGUUUCAUCCUUGAGCGUCCCUCACACAGACUGUGCUCGGACCGGUCGGGUUGAUUUGAUGGCUGAUGGCUGAUACACGGGAAUUUGGAACCAAUGUUGAAUGCGGGUCAUCAUUUCGGUAUUCCGUGAUUGGACAGAUCGCCACCACAAAAUAGAUCUACUACAAUGGUA